CGCUACAGUACACCCACGUUGUCCGACGACUCAGCUUUAAACUACCGGCAUACCACUGACAAUUCAGUGUGCUUCUAACUGUCGACAUUAAAACACUACAACAUAGUCUUACUGAGAAAUAGUCGGCAAGAUGCUUCUAAGUAGUGUUAACCUGAUCAAAAACAGUCACUGCCAUAACAACAACAACCACCAAUUCAGUGAUUUCAUCCUCGGCAAAAUCAAAGAGGAUCAAGAAAAACGGGAAAAGAAGUGUUUGGGCACAGCUCCCUUUGGCUCCAGACCCGGAAAACAGAACAAUGAUGAGAAAGAAGUCCAUGAGAAUGAAUCGAAAAGUCAAAUUACAAACAAUUGCCAACAAACAGAUUCGAACCGGAAGGUGGAGAGUUGUACCGUUACCAUACAAACAAGUGACCGCUAUUAUUUCACACUCCGAACAGAUAGAGACAUGCUUUUCCUAGUCGAUACGGAAACUUCCUGUCAGAACUGUGUGUUCAGGCAACGCCUAUAUAAAGAUACAGAGGAGAGACAACUGGCGGUGUUUGAAACCCUAGCUGACAGUUCAAAAUACAUCAGUGCGGACGGAGAGCGCAAACUGUCGAUUUCGACGUUCGCAACGCAACCCGAUCCAGAAAAUCCGGACGAGAGAUUCUUUGUUAUCUAUAGAAUAGAAAACGGAAGCGUCUUUCUUCAGCCAUUUUCACACAAAGGUUACUACCUUCACCACAUCGACAACUGCCUCACAGUUCGCAAACUAGAAAUCAACUUACGUCCGCCUGAAGAAUAUUUCUUUCAUAUCGUGGAAUCGCAAGUAUCAGCAGUUGUGAUGGCGAGCAUUGCGCAGAAGGAAAAUCUGAAAAACUUAAGAAACGAACUUGUUCCAUCCGAUGGAAGACAGAGACAGAAAAUAUUUACCCGGGAACGACCGGUUCAAAAACCCGGAUUAUUUUUCGGAUGCUUUGGUGUCCGUUCUAAGAAAUCUCCUACGGAUAAAAAGGUGAAAGUCCGACGAUGAAUUGUAUUUCCUUUAUUCGGAGACUGAAAAAAAAAUCUGAGACGUGAUCUCUGUAUCAGAGAAAAAUGUAUCACCCAAAGAUACAUACAGAUUCCCUUCACAAGGGAUGGAGAACUCUGCAACGUGCUGUAACUGCGCACGCUCAGUGAGUUGACAUGCGCAGUGGGAGUCAGAGGACGUUCCAGGGAUGGUUGUGAUUUGAAAACAGAAACUAGGAUGAUUUUUGUGUUCAUUCAGCUAAGGUUUCAGUACCAGCGACAUUCAAUGACAUGUGCAAUAGACAUUCCAUUUUGUUUAUUUAUAAACAUAUCAUUUGUGUAUAACAUGAGAUAAACGAUAAUUUCUGUUUAUCCUGCAUUUGCGCCUCCAGAUGUCCCAGCAGAAGUGAUAUUUUGUAGUUAUAAAUGCAUUUUUGUGUUAUACGUUCAUAUUUUCAUUCGUUUUGUGUUUUGUUAUGAAACCUGCAUAUUAUUUGAGCUGACAGAAGACAAUGUCUUCUUUGAUAACAGUAGAUUUUAGGAUUUUGACCAUUCUAGGAUAAAUAACCUAGAGGGAGAAGUACAUUAUAUUUAUUAGUGGUAGCGUUUGACAAAUCGACAUUAAUAUGUCAGUAUCUUGCCUAUUUCUACUUAGACAAGAGAUGAAUGAGAACGUUGUUCAUUUAUCUUGAAAACAAAGAUAUAGAUAGAUAACUUUUGUAAAGUUGAGACAAUAAAAAUAUUUUAAUUAUAUUUGAUGACUGUGGUAUUCGGCUGAGGUCCGGUCGGUCCUCGAGUUUAAAAUCACAUAGUAAGUUUACAAUCAAGCCAUAUUUUACCUGUAGUAGUUUGUAGUAAUGUAAAUAUAACCAAAUCCAAAAUAAAAGUAAGAUAAAAUAGGUUUAAACAUAAAGGAAAGAAAAAUAUGUGUCUAAUGGACCAUUAACGAUACAGUUGUGUAAUACUACCCUGGUAUACAGGGUGAUGAAGUUUAACACAUACUCUAUCAAGGACUGGUCAGUGUUAUAGUUUGUUUCGUUUGUGAAAUAUGCAAAUCUGUUCAUGGUAGUUACACUGACGAUAUAUCUUUUUACUGACCAUAUCCGAGAAUUAAGAACAGCCAAGUCGUUGAUUAAGCUGGUUACACAUUUUAGAUAAGUUAAGUUUUCGGAUUAACGAAUUCCGGAUUAACAACCUGGCUCGUAAAUUAUCACGGUCCUUAUUUAUUAACUCGUAUUUGUGUCUAUCCAUACUUUCGAACAUAUGUGCAAUUUAAAAUGGAAGAUUUCAACUGAAUUUUUAAUUCAUUAUGAAUCUGAAAUGGUGAAAUCUUGUCAAUUCUUGUGAUUAUUUGUCGCUUUUUUUUAGAUAGAUGCAAAACAAACGAGUAAUUUGUUUUCAUUACAUUUUGUAUCUAAGUGCUUGCUUUAAUUUCUACACUAGUUUCGCCAAAGAUUAUUCUGUUGUGGUAUCCAUAAAAAGUAUUUUGCAACUCUGAUCGACAAUCUGUUAUCCUGUUGGCUAAUUGAAAAUCGAUGAUGUUUGAAUUUCACCCUGACUUUUAACUUUGUUCAAAACUUGCAUGUACAGGUGGGUCAAGGUCAUAUCUUUAUGAAUUUCUUGUAGAAUUUAACAUAAUGCACUAGAAAAUGUCUGAACUAUUGAAACUGUACGUACAUUUUGUAUUUUGUAUUGUUUUAAUCAAUAUCGGAUUUACUUUCAUUAUUUAUUUGUCGGAAAACAGUGUUUUCAUUAAUUUAUUACAUUUGUUCUA